UUGGCUCAAAUCAAAACAGAAAAAGCCGCUGUGCAACUCCCUUCCUCGUCGGGCGUCAGCGCUUUGUGCUCGGCACUGCGGCACUGCGCUGCUUGCUCUUCUUCUCCCCACAUCCCCUCGCCGGCUCGCCCUCGCCCUGCUCUGAUUCCUCCCCACAAAUCGCCCCUUCCCUCACGCCUUGCUGUGCCUCUUCAUCGGCGGCCUUAUCGCCGGCGACGGUGGGAGCCAGCAAUCCCGGUCCCCUUGGCCCUCCCUCGUCGCGGUGCGGAGAUCCACCCGUCAGGUGUUGGAUUGGUUUCAUCGUUUGCUGGAGUGAAAUGGAUGAGGUUGUCCCUGCUUUGGCUACUGGUGAAGCUUCAGUUGAUGCUGUGACAGAGCAACCUUUGAAGGUGUACAUAUGGGACAUGGAUGAGACACUUAUUUUGCUCAAGUCGCUUCUGGAUGGGUCGUAUGCUGGGGCCUUUGACGGCGUCAAGGACCGUGAGAAAAGUGUUGAAAUUGGGAAGCGCUGGGAGAACCUUAUUCUCGAACUCUGUGAUGAGCACUUCUUUUAUGAGGAGAUUGAGAACUACAAUGAACCUUAUCUUAAUGCUUUGAGUGAAUAUGAUGACGGGAGAGACUUGACCUCAUAUGAUUUUGAGGCUGACUGUUUUAGUUCACCCUAUGAUGAUGUCAACAAAAAGAAGCUUGCUUACAGGCAUCGUGCUAUUGGAGAGAAAUAUGCAAAGGGUCUGGAAAAAAUUCUGGACAAACACAUGGUCAAAGUCUGGAACGAUCUGUACAAUUUGACUGAUAAAUAUACUGAUGGCUGGCUGUCUUCAGCUCAUAAGCUAUUGGAAGAAGCAUUGGGCAAAUCAGCAGCGGCACCUACUACCAACUCUUCAAGCAUCAAUUGCAUAGUUACAUCAGGGUCGUUGAUUCCAAGCCUUGCCAAAUGUUUGCUGUAUCGCCUUAAUGAUGUGGUCUCAUCUGAGAAUGUUUACAGCUCAUGGGAAGUGGGGAAGCUGCAGUGCUUCAAAUGGAUCAAGGAGCGCUUUGACGGUCCAAAUGUCCGCUUCUGUGCGAUCGGAGAUGGUCACGAAGAAUGCAGCGCAGCACAGGUUAUGAAGUGGCCAUUCAUCAAGAUUGAGUUCCACCCCGACGCCCCUCACAGGUUCCCGGGGCUAGACAUGCCCACCGUGCAGACGUACAUGGAUGUGAUAUACGAGUCAUCUAGCAAAGAUGGUUGACCAACAAUUCAUGUUGGUUGGAUUUUCUCCUCCGAACCUCCAACGCCCAUGGCGGUCGGUCUGGUCAGAGGAAAUUGUAAGCAAAGAGAUGUCGUGGGAAGGAACAUGGUGUCCUCCCUCGAUCUUUACCUUGGCGAAUUAGGAGGCUGGUGCCAUAAAUAAGAGUCUGACUAGUUCGUCCAUGUUCCAGAGCAUGUCAUAGAUUCUGUCUUGUCUUUUUUACUCUGGUUCAGGCAAUUGUCUGUUGUUGUGUCCGGGCGUUAAUUUCCGUCCUUCUGCAUUUGCCAAUUUGCCAUUUGAAAUCUGUACAUACGCGUCUCAGAUUGGUGGAUGUCACCACUUAUUCCAAUAGGAGGUGGUUGCACGCGUUAUUGUGAGAUAUUAGCAAGAAUCAUGGGUUCGCUAUUAUGUUGUGAUGCUAUUACGCCUUAA